GGUACAUGCGCGGAGUAUUGAUUUUCUCACCCUCGCACUGCGAAGCGCGCAAUCAAUAUUUUGUACUGAACUUGCUGGAAAACCCAUUUUCCAGAUUACUACUAGUUGCCGUCAUAACAGUUCUAACUUAUUUGUUUACGUGAUACCAGUGAUAUAAAAAAAUCUACACCACAGUCAGUGAGAAGCAGAAAAAACGCGAACAUAUUCGCUGAAUUCGCGUGUCAAGUGAAAUGCAUAUACGAGAGUGAUCAAGAUUCGCAGAAUUGUGACUGUAUUUUCGCUUGAUAGUUUCUUUGCCGCUUUAUUAUGCGUUCUCUCGCCGCGAUUCAUGGGGUAGAUCCCUUGCCGGAGCUGGGCCUUCCAUCGGGCAUCCAACAAGAGGGCAACCCCGACGCCGACAUGGCCGGGGCCCAAGAUACCAUCUACCUUUGCAACUUCCGCGUUUCCGUGGACGGGGAAUGGCUGUGCUUGAAAGAGCUGCACGAUAUGGAGAUGACCGACUCGUAUAUCCGACCAUCUGAGAGCGGUGCCAUUCAAUCGCCCGACGACCCUAUGCAUUCCUUGAUGGCUCGUGAUCCUGUGGUGAUUGAGCGCAGCAAUCUAGUGAACAUCUCCAAGUUGAUCGUGAAAGAGCUAAUUGAACAAUCGCUGCGCUAUGGACGGAUGUUGGACAGCGACCAUCUACCGCUGCACCACUUUUUUAUUGUUCUCGAGCAUGUUAUGCGUCACGGACUCAAGCCGAAAAAGGGCCUUCUCGGACCUAAAAAGGAAUUAUGGGACAUAUUGCAAAUGGUGGAGAAAUAUUCACCCGAAGCGGCCGAUAUCACCGCGAGCAUAAGGGACUUGCCCACUGUCAAAACUGCCAUGGGUCGAGCUCGGGCGUGGCUUCGACUGGCCCUCAUGCAAAAAAGGCUCGCAGACUACCUCAGGAUUCUCCUUGAACACCGCGAAGAAACUUUGGAGGAAUACUUCGAGCCACACGCCUUGAUGCUGAACGAAGAAGCUGUCAUUAUCACCGGUCUACUCGUCGGCCUAAACGUCGUCGACUGUAACUUGUGUGUCAAGGAGGAGGAUCUAGACAGCCAACAGGGUGUCAUAGACUUCUCCCUCUAUCUACGCGGCAGCAACUCUUCCAACGAUCUGGCCAGUAACAGCAACAACUCUAAUAACGAGCCAAAACAACGUCAUAUCAACACCAUGCUUGAUCAGAAGAACUAUAUCGAAGAACUGAACAGGCACCUCAACGCAACGGUCGCAAAUCUCCAAGCCAAAGUGGAAAGCCUGACCACAACCAAUGCCCUCAUGAAGGAGGACCUGGCCAUCGCCAAAAACACCAUGAUCACGUUAGUUGAGGAAAACAACCAACUGAAACAUGCUUUGGGUCAGGACAUAACCAAAGAUACUAGGAUGAAAGUGACGGAGCUACAUUCGGAUGAAGAGGAAAAACGCAGCGUUAAAAGCACAACCUCUGAUAAAUCUAAACAUGACAAAGACACAGAGCCGUCUAAAGCCUUAGAAGAAGAACGAAAGAAAAAUGUGGAACUGCAAAAAGAACUGGACUUACAGAUUUCGCUGAAAGCUGAAAUGGAAGUAGCUAUGAAACUGUUAGAAAAAGAUAUUCACGAUAAGCAGGACACAAUUAUAUCGCUGCGAAGACAGCUCGACGAUAUAAAACUAAUCAACCUAGAAAUGUACAAAAAGUUACAGGAAUGUGAAAGUUCCUUGAAACAUAAAACUGAGCUAAUAGCCAAAUUGGAAGCAAAGACUGAAUCAAUGGGCAGCACGAUACAUCAACUCGAUGAGAAGUUACAGAGCGAUAAAAUGGCUAGGCAGAGUUUAGAAGAGAGCUCCCGCUCGCUUGGCCAGAAGGCGGCCACUGCGGAAACUAGGGCAGUAGCGGCGGAGGGAGACCUCAGAAUCGAACGAGAGUGGCGGAUAUCAUUACAGGAAUCGAUGAUGCGGGAUCGCGAUAAAAUAUCGAUGCUGACUCAAGAGGUUGAAUCAUUGAAAUCUAUUGGACAGAAAUACAUAGCGCUACAAGAAGAGCAGCACGUCUUAAAAACACAGUACAGCGAAGCCCAGAAGACAUUAGAAGAAGUGGGAGCGACGUUGAGCGAGAACAAACUACAGCUGGCCGAGUUGUUAGAGCGAGAGGCAAAGGCGGCGUCUACUGACGACACGCCCACUUGGACGGAUGACAAGGACGCUGUGUCUUGUACAGCUUGCGCCAAAGAAUUCACCAUCGCUAGGCGGAAACACCAUUGCAGACGAUGCGGGCACAUAUUCUGUCGCGCCUGCAGCGAGAAGACCGUAGCACUGGCCGGUAACACCAAGCCGGUGCGAGUUUGCGACGCCUGCUACGCCGAAGUGAGGGUCUCGUAGUAAUAAUUUCGUAGUUUAGAUAUUAAUGGGUGUAAAAAAAACCUAUCACGAAGCUAGUCAGGAUCAAAUAGUUCGUGACACCCAAGGUGGCCACAAAGUUGAUAAUACAACCUUAUUCCAAUGAGGGCUAUCGUUUUUAUACUUAACAGUUGGCACCCCUGGCGAUUGACAGGACCUUACUCUACAGUGGCGCCAUCUUGAUGAGUGCAAAUACGAUAGUCCUCCUACCACUUUAGCGCUCACAAGUUGGCGCCACUGUCUUCGCUACUAGCAAGUGACAGGACCUUACUCUACAGUGGCGCUAACUGGUGAGCGCUAAAACGAUAGCCCUCAAUGAACAAACACGUGUCGCGGACUUAUUGGCUGCUUUGAGUGUCACGAACUAUUUGGCGCUGAGUAUCACGUAAUCUCUUCCACACCUUGACGAUAUUUUUUUCCGUGAGAACCAUAGCUGGGAAUGUUAUGGUUUGGGACCUAUUGAAGGUCAAAUUCAAAUCAUUUAUUUAAGAUCUUUACCACUGCUGUUGUUUUUCCUGCUGUAUAAAUAACUCAAACUCACAACCAUUAAGUUCUUUACUCACUAAAUUUUUUACUAAAUAAAACUCGAUUUGCUGUCCAUAGUUUUAGGCUUCGUGAUACAUUUUUACACCCUGUAUAAUAUACAACUAUAGUAAAUAUCUGUCACUAAUCCACUAGUCUGAAUGGCUCCAGCUUGCACUGGUACCUAAGGUUUGAAAGGUGAAAAAACUUAUUUUAGCUAUACCAGAUAAACUGCAGUACAGCAGCGGAUAUAAAGCGCUGACCUAUUUUUUUGGUUAUACGUACUAAUAACAUAACUAAGAAAGUGUAUAAUACUUCAACGAAAAAUGGCCAGAAACUCUGUGUUAUGAUUUUUUUAACACAAAAAAUAACCAAAAAUUACCGGAGCCGAUGUUGCCAUGUACAAUUUCUAAAAUCAUUUACCUACUUUAUAAUUACUAAAACUGAAAUAAUCAAUAGUAUGUAUUCUUUGGGUAAAUUUAUAUUCACAAAUCUUUAGAUAAUUAAAUAUUAUUCAAAUGAAAUAAGUCUGCAUCGUAAACUCUACUUUAAAUGAAAUAGAAAAUAUACUGUUGACCAACGAUCAAUUAUGAACAAAGCGAAUGUGUUUUAUAUGUAUAUUAUGAGGAUUUGGAUAUUUUGCUUAGUCAACUAAUUAAUUGGUCUCAAGAUUUGACUAAAGGCUGUAUAACGUUCAUCUACAGCCAGAACCAGACCGUAAAUGAAUUAAUAAUCAUUUGUGGUGAGUUGCCAUGUAAUUGUUACAAUUUAUAUGUAGAUAAUAUACCAAAAUAUAGUUUAAUGAAUUUAAUUUAAAUAUUAAGAGCACACACAGCCUGACAGACAUCUUGGGGCCAGAAGAUUUUUGUUUUUAGUCAUCAAUUUAAUAAAACGCUGGCCAUAAGAUCUGUCUGAUAUUUAGAAAUGCAAUGGAAUAUUUUUAAAUGCAUGAAAUGCAUUGAGUAUUUAGACGAAGUAAUUCUUUAAGUAAAUUCUACUUAAUGUUAGCGUUUAUAAUGCUAUGGUAUUUUAAUACUUAGAGCAACUUGCAUGAACGUUGUUGAAUUAAAUUCAAGCUAAAUCUUUAUAAUUCUGUUUCUAUCAACUUCAAACAGUUGAUAGAGACAAAAUGCAAUGAUAUAAAACAUGUUUAGCAUUUAUUUUAUUUAGCGAUGUUUUGAGCAAGUCAAAAAUUAAUCGAAUUUCAUUGUUAAAAUACUUACAAUUAUGUAUUUUGUAUUUGAGGGUGGUGCUCGAAAUAUUGUGUGUAUAUUAGGUAAUUAUUAAUUUGUUAUUUGAAUCGUGUAUUGUAAAUAUAUCGGUGUAAAAUAAGAUAUAAGUAAUACAAAAGUUAUUUGAGAAA